AUGCCAGCGAAACUCCCUAGCUACUCCAACCCUGACUCCAAUGCAGUCGCUAUCCUCGGCAUCUCUAUCUCUGCGCCUGCCAAUGAUGCGCAUGGCCUUGAUGCUGAAACAUGCUACGAGUUUCGCAAGAGUGUCAGCAUCAACACUGUGCCUUCCGUCUGCUGUAACGUCGUAGCGCACCAUGAUAUAACCCCUGCAAAGGCCCACACUAAGACUAGGUUUCCUCGCGGACUUUACAAUCAAGACCUGCAGGAAUUAGGUGUUACUCCUAUGGAGUACCCUCAUGUUCCCGUCAUGGAAGUCAUCUUGCUCACUCGAAUAUUCGGUGCUUUGGAACACAGCGGUGUGGAAUAUCGCGGCACGAGAACUGGUGUAUAUGUCGAAUGCAUUCGAGGAAACAUGAUCCUUGAGAUGGACAUUACGCAGGCUGGAGCUUGCUGCACAACGGGUGUAUGGCUGUCCAAUGCUGUAAAUCACAUCAAAUGCGCUUUAGAUCUUUUGGGACCAUCCUUCACGCUAGAUACUGCUUUCUCUCCACGCCAAAGUGCUACGCAACUGGCUGUUGAAGCAAUCGCAGACGGACAGUGCUCCCAAGCUGUUGUCGCGAGCAUCGCUUCCACUUUGAGUUCUAUUGAUGAGGUCAAUGGCUCCGUUCACGGCAAUGCUGUGAGCGCUGUGGUGUUAAAGCGCCACGAUCUCGCCGUCAAAGACCGUGACAACAUUUACGCCACCUACACCGGCAUCUCACUGACAUCUUUCGAGUCCAUCGCAGGCCCGCUCACCACGCCCAGUCCCAAGGCUUUUGGAACUGGCAUCAGACACCCUAUCGAGCAUGAGCGACGUCCCGAGCAUCCAGACAUACAUAUACUCAAAGAUGGGCCUUUCCUUUUCGCCAUCGGCGCUCUUUCACUCAAAGCUGUGAAUACAUCGGAAAGAUUUCAUAAGGAUCGAUGCGCAGAACACACUGCACUUACGCUUUCCGCACGCCUCGGCAACCGUGCACGGCAGAUGCCAUGGAGAACUUACGCAGUUGCUGACUGUCUCCAGAGCGCGGCCUUUCCAGACCCGGUUGCGGUAGAGAAGCGGCCCAACCCGCUCGUGUUUUGCUUCUCUGGUCAAGGUCCGCACCAUUGGCAGCAAGGACGCGACUUCAUGGCUACGUAUUCAGUUUUUCGCGAGAGCAUCCAUGCUUGCGAUAAAGCGUACUUCGCAUAUACUGGGAACUCGUUCCUGCAGGAGACGGGACUGUUUGUCGCAGACCCUCCAACAUCGUCUCCUCUCGCGGAGAGCUCCACUUGGCCAGCCGCUAUCAUAUCGGUCUCCAUGACAUUCUUCCAAAUUGCCAUGUUCGAUCUUCUGACGUCUCUGGGCAUUAAGCCAGACGCUAUCGUGGGUCCCUCCAUCGGGGUUACCGCUGCUAUGUACGCUUCCGGUGCUAUGCCUCGUGAAAUGGUCAUAGAAAUCGCAAUUUCCCGAGGACGUGCUCUCGCCAUGGUUGACAAUAUGGGAGGUGCCAUGUUCGCAGUUUCCGGCUGCAACGUCGAUCGCAUUCGUGGAUAUGCAGACACUGUUGCUUCUCUCAACAAGCUGAGAAAGGAAGAGUCCAGCAAGCUUUACGUGGCUGCGCCCCUGAGCCCUACGGAUACCGUGUUCUCUGGUUCAGAAGUCCUCGUCAAUUUGUUAACGAAGUACAUCGAUACCUAUGUGGACGGUGUUAUUGCUCGCAAGUUGCCAGUGACUACAGGGGUACAUUCGCCUUUUGUGGAUGCCUGCGAAGACGCGUACCGCUCGGAGCUGAGCAGGAUUUUCUCCCGAUAUGCGGGCCCAUUCAUUCCUUCCAUCCCCGAUAUGUCCAUGGUUACUGCUGAGUUCCAAUCCUGUGGGUACACUGUGGACUACCUCUGGGAUAAUCUGCAACAGCCUAUGCUAUUCUUGCCUGCCAUUAUCGGUCUAUUGAACAAGUGCGGCGAACGUACGACGUUCAUUGAAGUGUCGCCUCAUCCAGUUCAUUCUCUAUGGAUUAAGAAGGCGGGGGCGUUUGAUUCGUUGGCAACGGCUACGCGCCCUCCCUCGGCACGACACCUGAUACCUGGCGCCAAACGUCAUCGGGAGACUGAAGCCUUUUUACAGACGAUAGGGCAACUGCUACUCUAUGGGGUCAACUCGAUCAACUUCUCUGUUCUCAACGGCUGUCCUUCGGAGCCGCUCGACGGCCCUUUUCACCCAUUCGGGAAGAUUUUCGAUUCAUGUCAUGGAUUGGAAGGCCUCGUACCUUCGUCAUGUUAA